ACAUGGGUGUAGUUUGAAAUAUUACAAUAUAACGAAUCAAACGCGGCCCCAACAUCCUCUUCCCAAAAGAUCUCAACCCCGUACGAGUAAUCUUCUAACCACUAUUUCUAAAGAGUAUCCCCGCCGUCGUCCACCACAACCACCGAUUGGGGAUAGCAGGAUCGUAAUUCGUGGUUUGGGGUAUAUAUGGCUGAUCGUAACUUGGCCGUUGUGAAGCCAAUAUGGAUGAAGCAAGCAGAAGAGGCAAAAAUAAAGAGCGAAGCUGAGAAGGACGCGGCGGCUAAAGCUGCCUUCGAGGCUACCUUCAAGGACGUUGAGAAGAAUCGAGAGCCUGCUCCUUUAUCAGAUAGUGACGGCGAUGAAGAAGAAGACUUGACUAACAAGCCUAUAGGUCCUGUGGACCCCACCAAGUGCACGGCCGCUGGGACUGGUGUUGCUGGUGGAACUGCUUGUGCACCUUCUUCAUUUGUGGUGGUUACAAAGGAUUCAGAUGGUCGGAAAGUUCCCCAUGGUGGAGCCCAGGUGAAGGUGAAGGUGUCUCCAGGAGUUGGUGUUGGAGGGUCCGAACAAGAAGGGAUUGUCAAAGAUAUGGGUGAUGGGACCUAUACAGUUACCUAUGUUGUUCCUAAAAGAGGAAACUACAUGCUGGAUGUUGAGUGUGAUGGGAAGUCUAUCAUGGGUAGUCCAUUUCCAGUCUUCUUUAGCGCAGGUAUAACUACAGGAGGGCUUCUGGGAUUUGCUCCACAGAUGAAUUUCCCAAAUAUGGUUAACCAGACCAUGCCAAACAUGCCAAAUUACUCAGGUUCUGUUUCAGGGGCAUUUCCAGGACUUCUUGGAAUGAUUCCUGGGAUUGUUCCGAGUUCAUCAGGUGGGGUUGUUUUGCCUGGAAUUGGAGCAUCACUUGGGGAGAUUUGCAGAGAGUAUCUGAGCGGGCGUUGUAUUAAAACUGAUUGCAAGUUGGGUCACCCUCCACACAACCUGCUGAUGACUGCUUUGGCUUCUACAAGCACCAUGGGGACACUUAGUCAAGCACCAAUGGCACCAUCUGCAGCUGCAAUGGCAGCUGCACAGGCUAUUGUUGCUGCUCAAGCGCUUCAAGCACAUGCUUCAAGUGCACAAGCUCAUGCUUCUAGAGAAACUACUGUAGCAGAAGAUAAGGCAGCAAAAGCCGAUUCUUUAAAGAAAACACUCCAAGUUAGUAACCUCAGCCCACUACUCACUGCAGAACAACUAAAACAGUUUUUUAGUUUUUGUGGCACAGUAAUUGACUGUAGUAUCACAGAAUCUAAGCAUUUUGCAUACAUAGAAUAUUCAAAACCUGAAGAAGCAACAGCUGCACUUGCAUUAAAUAACAUGGAUGUUUUAGGGCGCCCAAUGAAUGUUGAAAUGGCAAAAUCACUGCCUUCAAAGCCUCCAGCUUCUUCAUCUUCAUUGCCAAUGGUGAUGCAGCAAGCUGUUGCUAUGCAACAAAUGCAGUUUCAACAGGCUCUUUUAAUGCAACAAACUAUGAAUGCACAACAAGCAGCUAAUCGAGCAGCAACUAUGAAGAGUGCAACUGAAUUGGCUGCUGCUAGAGCUGCUGAAAUCAGCAUGAAGUUGAAAGCUGAAGGGAUAAUUGGAAAUGAAGAUGAAUCAGUUAAAAAUCCAAGGUCACCUUCUCCUGUUCCCACAAGGUCAAGGUCAAAGUCAAAGUCUCCUGUGAUAUACCAAAGAAGGCGUAGGUCCCGCUCCUUUUCACCUCCACAUCGCCGCAUGAGAGGUUACAGAUCCAGGUCACCAAUAAGGUCCCGCCACUACUCAACUUAUGAUUAUGACAGGCGGACAUUUAGGGGUGGUAAUGACCGCUACAGGAGACGAGAAUACAACAACAGCCGCCAUUCUUGGAGAAAUAGAAGCAGAAGUUUAAGCCCACGUGGCAGAAAAUCUUCAGAAUCCCCAAAACGCUCUCGCAAAAGCCCCAAGAAGUCUUCACGUGAUGAGCAAAGUAAGGAAAAACGCAGAAGGCAGUCAAGGUCUAGGUCUAAGUCCAGGUCCAGGUCCAGGUCAGCAUCUUUGGAGGUCAAACCUCGGUCAAAUGAGAAGAUUGUUGAUAGGAGGCGGUCCAAGUCCAGGUCAGCAUCUUUAGAGGUCAAACAUCGGUCAAACGAUAAGAUUGAUGAUGUUAAGGAGGAAAAGUCAAAAGGGCGCGAUAGGACACGGUCCAGGUCAGCAUCUUUGGAAGUCAAAGAUCGGCCAAAUGAUAAGAUUGAUGAUGUUAAGGAUGAAAAGUCAAAAGGGCGUGAUGGGAGACGGUCAAGGUCCAGGUCAGCAUCUUUGGAAGUCAAACAUCGGUCAGAUGAGAAGGUGGAAAGGUCAAAAGGGCGUGAUAAGAGGCGGUCAAGGUCCAGGUCCAGGUCAGCAUCUUUGGAAGUCAAACCUCGGUCAAACAAUAAAAUGGAGGAAAGAUCAAAAGGGCGUGAUAGGAAGCGGUCCAGGUCAGCGUCUUUGGAAGUCAAACGUCGGUCAAAUGAUAAGGCUAAUGAUAGUAAGGAAGAAAAGUCAAAAGGGCGUGAUAGAAGGCGGUCAAGGUCCAGGUCAGCAUCCGUGGAGGUCAAAGAGGAAAGAUCAAAACGUCAUGAAAGGAGGCGUUCCAGGUCAGCAUCUGUAGAAGUCAAACAUCGGUCAAACAAUCGGGAGGAAAAGUCAAAACGUCAUGAUAGGGGAAGGUCAAGAUCUUUAGAGGGUAAACACCGUUCGAGUGGUAAGUCAAAGCACAGAAAACGGUCAACGUCGAGGGAUAAGUCAAAGUCAAAGUCAAAGUCAAAGUAUCACGGUAGACGACAGUCCAGGUCAGCAUCUCCGGAUGUCAAGCGCCAUCGUUCGGACGAACAAAGAUCAAAACACAGAAGACGGUCAAAGUCAAAGUCAAGGUCAAAGUCAGCAGAAGAUAGCCGAUUGAACAAUGUGGAUCAUGAGGGGGGAGGGGGCGAUUGGGCGGGUGAGGGGACACCGGAGCGUUAUAGGGAGUCGGAUGUUUUGAUAAAGGAUGAUGGGAUUGGUGGUGGAAGUGGGGAGGAGUAUAAUUAUAAUGAUGACGUGGCAGCUGAGGAGGAAGUCAGAAUGUUUUGA